CUGUGUUGUCCAUAUUUGCUGCCUGACCCGCUGAGUUACUCCAGCACUCUGUGAAACGUCACCCAUCCAUGUUCUCCACAGAUGCUGCCUGACCCGCUGAGUUACUCCAGCACUCUGUGAAACAUCACCUAUCCAUGUUCUCCAGAGAUGCUGCCUGACCCGCUGGGUUACUCCAGCACUCUGUGAAACGUCACCUAUCCAUGUUCUCCAGAGAUACUGCCUGACCCGCUGAGUUACUCCAGCACUCUGCAUCUGUUUUUCAUAUAUUUGACAGCUUUGCUUAAUGGCAAUAUUGAACAUGAUUCUUUUUUUUUUUUACAGGUGUUUAUGUUAAAGUUCCAGAAAUGGUGUCGAAUGAAAUGAAAAUUCUCCAGUGUUUCUUGGCAAUCUGUUUCAUUCUUGUUUCACAAAAAUCUAUUUUCGUUUGGUCGCAAAACCUGGCUCCGACAUUUCUGUCAAACAUGAGUGUUGUGCGAGUGUCUGAAGAUGCGGCAAGAGGUACGACUGUUUUCCGGAUAGCAGCUGAAGAUAAGGAUGGUGAUCCACUUGUCUAUGGAUUGGAGGGAGAAUUAGCAUCAAUUUAUUUCACAGUGGACACCACCAAUGGUGACGUUCGUAUUAAAGAAGCCAUCGACAGAGAGGUGUUUGCAAACAGUGAUGAUCACUUUGGAAUAACAAUCACCGUUGGCGAUGGAAUAAAUGCUUUGGUGAAAAAGAUGCUGCACAUUUACAUUGAAGAUGUGAAUGACAAUGCCCCAGUGUUUAAAGGAUUACCGUACCAAGCUGACAUUGCCGAGCAGAAUGAAAACGUGGGCGUGGAAAUAUUCAAAGUAUUCGCCAGUGACUCUGACAGAGGCAAGAAUGGCUCAGUGACCUAUCAAAUUCUGGAGCUUAUACCCUCAGAUGACGCUGAGUUAUUCGAAAUAUCCAAAAAUGGCAGUGUCUUCCUGAACGGUCGGCUAGACUUUGGAAGAACCAGCAUUUACCAGGUUGUGAUCAGGGCAGUGGAUCAAGGAGAACCAGACGCAAAAUACGCAACUACACGACUGAUCAUUAAUGUAAUUGACAUUCCCAACAGACCUCCGGAAUACUUAAGCCUGGCUUAUUAUGUUCGAAUUCCAGAGAAUUUACCUGUGGACUCGGUCAUUAUCACUGUAACAGCAGUUGAUGGAGACAGAGGCAUUAACAACCCAGUCACGUACAACAUUAAUGGCUCCAGUGCAUUUGCAGUGGGUAACACGACUGGGAAAGUCACCAAUAUCGCUCCGCUGGACAGAGAGGUUAUGGAAGAUCUCAUCACAGUUGAUAUCACCGCUUUUGAACUGGUCAAGGGUAUUAAAGACCUGUCAGCUGCAAGAACGACGACCGUGUCAAUAUUAGUCCUUGAUGUCAACGACAACCCGCCAAUGUUGUAUUCGAUGCUUGGAGUCGCUACAAACACGUUCCGGGCAUCGGUGCCUGAAGAGCCAGCGAACGGCAUGCCAAUCCUUCACAUUUAUGCACAAGACCUCGAUCAGGGCAAGAAUGGAACGUUUGCAGUGUUCCUUCAAGGAUCUGAUUCUGCAGCGUUUAACCUGAAUCAGAAUAUCGUGUACAACGAGGGAACGUUAACAGUCCAAGUGACAAACUCCGAGGCACUGGACUUUGAGAAGAAUGACGUCUUGCAGUUUCAGAUGCUUGCCAUUGAAUUGGAGACUAAAGAAAGAUUCAGCUGUGUUGCAACUAUUCGCAUUGUGAUAACGGAUAGAAAUGACAAUUGGCCAGAGUUUAACCAGGAUUACUUUCUACUGGAGGUCCCGGAGGACAGCUCAAAGGGCUCCAGUGUGGCUCGCAUUACUGCGACUGAUGCUGAUGGCGGACGUUUUGGUGAGAUACGCUAUCAACUUUCUGGAUCGGACAAUGCGUUGCAGACAUUUGGUGUGGACCCCCUGAUCGGAGUGGUCUUUAUAAAGAACCAAACACUCUUGGACAGGGAGAUGAGGCAGCAAUACUUUGUCACCUUGCACGCCAGAGAUGGUGGCGGUCUGACCACCAACGCGCAGAUUGAAGUCUCCAUCUCCGACGUAAACGAUCAAGUGCCUGUCUUCCAGAAGAAGACUUACAGUGGAUUUAUUAAAGAAAACGAGGUUAAAAAUAUUGUCCAGGUUCAGGCUAUUGACAAGGACCAGGAGAACUCGGCGAACAGUGAAAUUACUUACACCAUCAUUGAUGGAGCCCAUGCUCGACAUUUUAUCAUCAAUGCUUCCAGUGGAGUAAUAUCUGUGCUUACACCAGUGGACAGAGAGUCCAUGGAUGCAUCUCUGAAUGGAGUUGUUCAUCUUAUCGUCCAAGCCAUUGAUGGUGGGACUCCAGCCCGCAGCUCCAUGGUUCAAGUCGCCAUCACGGUGGAGGACGUGAAUGACAAUGGCCCAGUGUUUAACCAAAGCACAUAUUUUGUCGCUGUUCCUGAAGACCAUCAGGAUGGGUGUGUGUUUGAGAUAUGGGCUUGGGACAGGGAUGCGACAGAAUCUAAUCGGCUGGUGACCUAUAGGAUUGAAGACGGGGCCAGAGGCCAGUUCACCGUCACCACUGGGACGGGAGACCGGCCCCGAACCGCGUGCGUGCGCGUGGCGCCGGAGGCCAGGCUGGAUUACGACUGGGGUCCACACAGGUACAUCCUGUCGCUGGCAGCCGUUGACCUGGGCUUUGACCCCGCCAGCUACGCCACCAUCCAGGUGGACCUACUGGACACCAAUGACGAGCCUCCCGUCCUGAUGGCCAGCUCCCUCUCCGACGUGCGUGCCAGCGAGAAUGGAGAGCUCCAAACCACCGUCGCCACUGUCCAGGCCCUGGAUCCGGACACAGGCGCGGAGCUGCACUACUUCAUCCGGGGAGCGGGGUGCCUGGGCGAGGAGGGGAGAAGGCUGGGCAGCUCGCUCUGCAAAGACUGGUUUCAGCUGAUGGAGCGAUCCGGGUCUCUGGUCUACGGUGGCCCCGUGGAUCGGGAACGUGUCCAGGCGGUCUGGCUCAGAGUACAAGCCGUGGACUACAACACUGUGCACUCUUCAAACAGCAGUGAGGAAGGACAUAUUAAAAUUAUCAUCGCUGAUGAAAACGACAAUGCACCUGUAUUUUCUGGUGCAGAAAAUAAAAAAGUUGUGUUGGAAUUUGUCACGGAGGGAUUAGAGGUUGCAGUGUUGGAGGCCUCUGACAGUGACACGGGAGAGAAUGGGGCUGUCACAUUCCACAUUGUGGCGGUCACGUUAAACGUACCAGGGGCAUCACCAGUUAAUAAAACAGCAACAGAAUCCUUUUAUAUUCAAACAUCUUUGAACAGCAAGUCUAUGUGGGAAGGCAGUCUUCGGAUAAGAAAUCAUUUGGAGUUAACAUCAGAGGGAUGUUGGAAGAUAGAAAUUGUCGCCGUUGAUGGGGGAAUACCUCGUAAUACUGCUCAUUACUUGCUAGAAGUCCACAUUGUUAACAGAAGCAGGAAAUUGCAACUCGUUUUUGACAAGUUUCCAGGAAGUCUGCUUCUGAUGGAGAAACAAAUACUGAGCAUUUUAAAUACUGCCGUGCCUGGAACUAGUGUGAUCUCUUCAAGAUUCUUACCUGCAAACAAGACCAGCAACUUAAAAAGGACCUUUAUGGACGUCUAUUUCAUUGAUGGCAAUGGCCUUGUUGUCAAUCCGGAUGUUAUCAGAGGAGAAAUAGAAAAAAAUGUUUCAACUCUUUCCAGCCUUAUUGAGCUCGGUUUGAGGUCUGUGGGAUCUCUCUCAUCUCGGCUCAAAGCUGAUAACGAAGCAGCCUUGCACAGAGUGAUAUUUAUAUUAGCCGCCGGCAACAUAACGUCUAUUGCCCUGGCGGUUCUUAUCCCUCUGUGCAUUAGACAAAGAUAUCGACGGCAGUUGAAGGCAGCUGCAGCAAUAAGUGUGGCGGAGCUGACCUCUGUGAGAAGGAACCCCAUGGUGUUUGAUAUACCUGGAACAAACAUGUACACUAUCGAAGGAUCAAAUCCAAUCUGGAAUAGAACGCAGAUCAGUCAAGCAACCGGCAGCUUCAAUGAAGAUGCGCAGUUUGAUCAGAAAAGUUUGAACUCUCUUGAUGAUAAUGCCAUUGCUGAUGGGAAGGAUGAGCAGGAUUACUUUAACGUUCGUGAGCCAAGCACCGACAAGUCUCAGGGAAAAAGAAGUAAUGUAUUUCCCUUGAGCGCACGAAAAAGUGAUUCGGAGAAACCUCGAGAGGCAACAGUUCUCAACUUCCUUACUGUGGCCUUGGCAUCGCGUGAAGACAGAAAAUGUACAGAGGAGCUGAAAUCUGGGGAAAUGGUUCAAUUAUUCAACAAUGACAGACCCAAUGCUACUGAUCUGUGAAGCAAGAAAGAAGAAUCUUACAUGUUGUGACUUUCUGGGUUGAUGUAGAGUCUUAGCUGUGUGGAAGAUUAGCUGUGUGUAACAUUUGGAUUUUUAACUUGGGGUAUUGACAGUGCACAGGCCUAGAGACAACGGCGGCUUAAAACAACCACCCAGAAUAAACAGAUAA